AUGCUUCCUGCAUCGUCUCAUUCCUCCCCCUGUCCACUCAGAAGUCGACGUCAUGCUAUCAAUGGUAGGAUCACUGGUGCGUGCAUGCCGUGCUUCGUCGGGUUGCGAGUGUAUGUGAGCGACGCAGAAGCGGCUCCAACAUGGAGCGAUCUAAAUUCAACACCACGCAUAACGCUUCGCGCGCCAAUCAACGGCGCGUUCACAUCCCUCCCGCCCGUCACGCGCCGCUACCUCACGCGCCGCGCCAGCGCCAUGCACCGCGUACUCGCCUUCCACACUCUCGCCCGCAAGCUCUCUGCCGCUCAGCUGACAGACUUGCCUGCAGGAUCACUGUUCAUAACAGGGUUUGAGGAGAUGGAGGUGGAGAAGGUGGAAGGGGAGGGUAUCGUGCUGGGCAAGCCACUGCUGGGAGCACAGGGGAGUGUACAAGUGGUGCUGCCAGGCCUCUACACGGAUGCACACAUGGUGGUGCAUGGAGUGAAUAGAGUAAUGGUGCCUGACAUUUUACUAGAUCAAUAA